AAAUGCAUCAACCUCAAACCUCACACAUACGUACCUGGGGAAUUACAGAUCGAUGCUGAAGAAUAUUUUUUAUAUGAUUUCGAAGAAUGGAGUUGUAUAAUUUACCUUAGAUUACUGAUUCAGUACAAACCCCAUGAAUGUUUCCCAUAAUGGAUGACAUUUCGUUGGAUACAUAUUCAGUUGUGGUACAUCAAGCAAUAAAUGUGGUUGUGAAUUGUGGUGGAACAGUUGAUCUAAUAUUUAUGUUUACAAUAGAAUCGUUCGUAUUUUGACAAAGGGACGUACCCCUAGGAUCUACGAAAUAUCCAAAAUUAGCAUGGAUCCGAAGAAAGGAAUGAAUAUUCAGAUACGCACCGAAAAACCGAAAAAAGUAUGGUUGAGCCAAUUUCUAUCUUCGAUCACGGUUGAACCAACCUUGUUGUUCGUCGUCCUGCCCUCAACCUUGUACCAAAUUACCACAACGAACCUUUAUCUCGAAAAGACCUGCAGAGUGCAUCUAGCCCUGAAUGAGACGGUUUGCGAUGCUCUGUCUGCGAGAGAUACAGCAGGAUACGAAUGGGAGGAAGCUGAAGUACAAAAAUAUGUCGCAGAAAUGUCCACGAUCUCAACGUUCAUCCAGGGAUUCUUUCCACUUUGCCUCAUAUUAUUUUUAGGUUCUUGGAGUGAUAGACAGGGCCGUAGAAGACCUCUGAUCCUAGCGCCCAUCAUUGGCGAAAUAAUUGCUGUGAUAUUGUUGAUCUUUAAUACUAUAUAUUUCGAAGAAUUGCCGGUUAUUGCAACUGCAAUCUCGGUCUCUCUUCCUCCUGCUCUGAUGGGCGGUUGGCCUUGUCUGUUCCUGGGCGUCUACAGCUACAUAAGUUCCAUUGCCGACGAUGCGAAUAAGACUGCGAAGAUAGGCUUAGCUUCCACCAUCCAGAAUAUAGCCUCUGUUGUUGGUUUGGGUUCCAGCGGGUUCCUUUUGAAACCCUUCGGUUUUAUUGGCAUAUACGUCGCAUGCUUCGUCAUGCUGAUUUGUGCAUUCCUUUAUGGAUUCAUCAGAAUCAAAGAGAAGGAAUUACUUCCGGAGAAGAUGGAAAGUAAAAAGAGCAAAGACUGCUUCGAUAUAUUCAAAUUGGAACACUUGAAAGAAACGAUGAAGACUUGCUUCAAAAAUGGUCAGCACAAUAGGAAGAAGAAGAUAUUUAUUAUUCUGCUGUUGUGCAUCGUUACUAUGGGACCAACUAAUGGAGAAUACACGGUUGUCUACCUUUACACCAGACUGAAAUUUGGAUGGGAUGAAAUGGAUUUCAGCAUUUUUUUCAUCGCCCAUUCUAUGAUCGACAUAGUUGGUUCCUUCUCGGCAAUAGUUAUCCUAUCAAAAAUUUUCAAAUGGAGAGAUUCUUCUAUCGGUAUCUUGGCCUUGUGCACAACUAUGAUAGCUGAAACAAUUUACGUAACUGCGCCUGAUUAUAGAUUUUUCUACGCAGGUAUACUUAUGGAUGUUUUUUUCACCGGUACUCCGAUUGCUCUGAGAGCACUCAUGGCCAAAGUGGUACCUGAAGACGAACUAGGAAGAUCGAACUCUGUGUUUGGUCUUAGUGAAGCUGUGAUACCAUUGAUCUUUGGACCAAUCUACUCAGCAGUCUAUAGAGGUAGCAUAGACUUCUUCCCAGGAAGUUACUUCUUCGUUUCUAUGGGUUUCUUCACUAUUGGAAUAUGUCUUUUUAUAUAUUUCCACAGACAAGCGUCAACAGAAAAAGGUGCUAUAGAAGAAAUAGAGAAGUUAAAAGAUCCACACAAUACGGAUACCUAGACUUCGAGCAAGUAGAUAAACUAUUUCGAAUUUUUUUCGAAAAUUAUAUAAAUAGGUAUCAGAUCAGGCUUACUGCAGAGCGGUAAAUAGGUGAAUCCACAAUAUACCAAAACAUCUGUCAAAUGAAUUUUAUUUGAAAAUUUUAUUGUGAAAGAAUUCUAGAACAUAUCUUAUUAUGAUCGCCUACAGCUAAAUUAUUUCAUUGUUUUUAAUUAAUUUAUUUGUGAGUGUGUAUAUACGAAUUAUUGAGAGCUUUACAUUAAAGAAGUUUAUUUAAC